AUGAACGUCUACGCCCUUGGAGCCUCGAAGAACAUUGGGUACUAUUCUGCUGUCAGGCUGCUCCGUAAAGGGGCAACCGUGACAUUCCUCAUGCGCAACCCUGCAGUCUUCGACGACGACGAGCUUAUCCAGAAAUAUGUCACAUCAGGCAAGGCGCGCAUUGUCAAGGGAGACGCGCUGAACGUUGCAGACGUGCAACACGGCUGGGAGACAGCCCGCGAAGGCGGACAGAACGUCGACACGCUGUUAUUUACCAUCGGUGGGAUCCCGCAUUUCAGCUUCUCGAAGGGCUUCUUGCUCGACCCGCCGAACAUCUGCACGCAUACGCUGCUCAACGUCCUUUGCACUAUCCCUGUGGAGCAGCGCGCCCCGGCCACGCAGCCCCGUAUUAUCGCCGUGUCGUCCACAGGCAUCACGCGCGCCUCGCACGGCAACCUCCCCUUCGUGCUGAAGCCGCUCUACGGAUUCUUCCUGGAUGGCCCGCACAAGGACAAACUCGGCCUCGAACGCGUGCUCGCGUACUGUGCCAGGCGACCGUGGAUAGACCAGGAGCCUCGCGCAGCAAUCCUUAGUGCAGACUGGACUAGUCUGCCCGGCCUCCCCGCGGAGGGCGAAUUGAAGCACGUUGUGGUGCUGCGCCCGGCCUUGCUUAUGGGAGAGUCGUGCAAGGGGGAUAGGCAGAAGGACGAUAAGCCACCCUAUAAGGCGGCAGAGCAUGAUCUCGGAGGGUAUACGAUCUCGCGACAGGACGUCGCUCAUUUUAUCGUCGAAGGCGCCCUGGCCGAGUGGGACAAGUGGGAGGGGAAGUGUGUGGACCUUGCGUAUUAA